ACAGGUUUUUUUUUUUUUUUUAGUUUUUAUGUUUCUCUCUCUUUGUCAGAUUUGUGAGGGUGAUCGGCGGAGAAGAAUACAAACAUUUAGUCUGGAUAUUUGAUGUUUCUGACUCUCUGACAGCCCUCUGAGUCUGUCAUUGUGAGAAAACUGAGCCGUCACAAUGUCCAGAGUCACCAAUCUGUCGAAGCUGCGGCAGGAGAGGAUGAGGGAGAUCAACCUGAGGAACAAAGAGAGGGAGAGAAUGAGGGAUCGAGAGAAGGCGGCGAGGGAGAGGGAGGCCCGUUACAGUAACGGUCAUCUCUUCACCUCUCUGACGGUUUCAGGAACGACGCUGUGUUCAGCCUGCAACAAGAGCAUCACGGCCAAGGAGGCGCUCAGCUGCCCAACAUGCAACGUAACGAUCCACAACCGCUGUCGAGACACUCUGCCGAACUGUGCCAAGAUGAAACAGAGGCAACAGAAGACCGCCUUGCUGAGGAAUAACUCGGCUCUGCAGAACGUCACGCUGCGAACAAAAACUCCGGGGAUGCGUGAACGUCCGACGUCGGCCAUCUACCCCUCGGAAAGCUUCAGACACACCCUGCUGGGGUCCCGCAGAGGACGCUCCGGCCUCUCGCUGUCAAAGAGCGUCUCCACCAACAACAUCUCCGGGACCCUGACCGAUGACUCCCCUCUGGGUCUGCGGAGGAUCCUGUCUCAGUCCACAGACUCCCUCAGCUUCAGGAACAGAGCCAUGUCUGUGGAGUCUCUCAACGAUGACGGUGAGAUCUACUACACCUCGGUCCUGGAGGAGAUCGAGUACGAGGGUCAGGACUUUAAGGCGGACUCGUGGAGCAUGGCGGUGGACAGCGGCUACCUGCAGACACACCGUAAAAACAUCAUCAAGAGGCAGGACGUCAUCUAUGAGCUGAUCCAGACGGAGCUGCACCACAUGCGGACGCUGCACAUCAUGGAGCGCGUGUUCAGGCAGGGCAUGCUGGACGAGUUGCAGCUGGACCCGAGCACCGUGCACGCCAUGUUCCCCUGCCUGGACCAGCUCAUCAGGAUACACUCGCACUUCCUCGCGCAACUUCUGCUGCGACGCAACCUCAGCCUGCACCCCGGGUCCAGCCGAAACUUCACCAUCCACCAGCUGGGAGACAUUCUGCUGGAGCAGUUCUCAGGUCAGUGUGCAGACGACAUGAGGAAGACGUACGCUGAGUUCUGCAGUCGACACUUGAAGUCCGUUAAACAUUACAAAGAGCUGCUGGCCAGAGACAAGAGGUUCCAGUGCUUCAUACGGCGGGUGAGUCGGGGGCCGUUGCUCCGUUGCCAUGGCGUCCAGGAGUGCAUCCUGUUGGUGACUCAGCGUAUCUCAAAGUAUCCUGUUCUGGUUCAGAGGAUUCUGGAUAACACCACAGAUGAUGAAGAAGAAGCGUCCUCUCUGGCUCAGGCUCUCUCCAUGGUCAGAGAACUUCUGAGUUCAAUCGACCAGCAGAUGGAGGAUCUGGAGAAAACUCAUCGUCUGCAGGAGAUCCAGGCCAAACUGGACCCGCGGGCCGAGACCAGAGUCCGGGACGGUUCCCUUUUUAAACCGGGAGAGCUCUUCAGGCGUAGACUCGUCCAUGAAGGGACGCUGUACUGGAAAACACCCGGAUCAAGGCUUAAAGAUAUCCAGGUCCUCCUGAUGACAGACAUCCUGGUGUUUCUACAGGAGAAAGACCAGAGGUAUAUCUUCCCAUGUCUGGACAAACCACCAGUGCUGUCCCUUCAGAACCUGAUCGUGAGGGAUAUAGCCAAUCAGGAUCGAGGGAUGUUCCUCAUCAGCGACUCGGCUCCUCCGGAGAUGUACGAGUUUCACGCCGCCACCAAAGACGACAAGAACGUGUGGAUCCGACACAUUCAGCGCACCGUCAGCAAGUGUCCAUCGAGGGAGGAGUUUCCUCUCAUAGAGACUGAAUAUAAAGCUCACCUGAGGAGACUCAAAGCUGACCUGCAGCAGAAGGACCGGGAGAUGUUGGAGCUCCUGCAGGAGAGGGUGAUGUUGUUCUGUGAGCUGACGGAGGUGACGAGCGGCCACGAGGGGCUUCAACCGCCCAUCACUCGAUAUUUAUUCAGAGCGGACACACCACAAGCCCCCCGAGCCGAGAAGCUGCUGAUGGAUGCCACCGCUGAGGUGGAGAGGUUGAGCGAGCUUCUUCUGGGCUCCAGCUUGGACAUCCCUCUUCUGUAUCAUCACAACCACUUGGAGGCGCUAGAGACCAGUGAUCAGGAUCUGUUGGUCAAUGGAGCUCAUGAUUUCUUUGCUUCAAAGGAUUGUAUGAGGAGUCCCGACCAGCAACCUCCCUCGGAGAUCUAUCAGAGGCUGGUGAAUCUCAGUGUUUAUCUUCACGCUCUUCAGGCUGCAGUCAUCAAACAGGACUCCAUCUUGGAGCUGCUGCUGCAGCCUCAGGACGCAGCGUCCCCAGGUUCAGGAGGAGCGUGGCGCCCCCUUUGGCGGGACGGUGGAAAUCGUGAGUCCAGUGCGGGUUCCACCAUCGGGGAGCUGGCUCUCCUGCAGAGACAGCAUAGUCUGCUGCAGGAGGAGCUGCUGAGGCUGAGAGACGCAGAGAGCCGCUACAAAGACAGCGAGAGGGCCCGGACCAAACUGGAGCGACAGGUCCGACACAUGAAGGUCUGCAGUGGGGCCUCACCCAACCUCCAACAGCAGGUGGAGCUAGCAUCACAGGUGUCUCUACAAACAGGAAGGGGUGGUUCAACCGGAGCUGACCUACAGCGAGGCGGCAAGGAAGCUUUCAGACAAUCAGACGGCCUACAGGAUGGCAGUGAUUUGGAGGCGGACAUGACGUCAGACGAAGAUGAGGGAUCGGCAUCUGAAAGCUCCAAAGAUCUUCACGAUAUCCCAGAAGAGAUCUGAUCCUCUGCAUGAGCCACGGUGCUUCUCAGCUUGUAGUUUUAAGUCAUAAAGAUGUGAACUGAUCGACUCUAACUCGGCACAUUGUUGUGCUCUCUGGAGAAACACACACAUACACACACACACACACACAUACACACACACACACACAAACACAAAAAGCACAACAAUGUUUAUUUAGCUGCUUUGCUUUCUCGUCGUUGGCUUGUGACAGUGAGUUGUUUUAUUUUCAGCUUUUGAAUGAGUAGAUUUCUGUUCUGACGUCGGGUGACUCAAUGAGGGGAAAACUGAUGGAUGAUGCUCUUAUUUGACUUUAUUUGAGCCGUAGAUUUGACUCUGAAGGUUCGGACACUAUUAGGGCUACUGUUUCAACAUGUUGUGCCAAAGCAACUGCAGUCCAAUAAAUGUCAAAUCAGGGACUUUUGAACUUUUUGUUCCAAACAUUUAGAGAGUAAGAGGAGGAAACAUUGUGAAAAAUGGGUUUAAUAAUGCUAUUUGCACUUUUGUAGUUCUUACCUGGUGAUUAUUUUAGACAUAAUUCAGUCUCUCUAUGAGCAGGAUGGCAUCGUCUUGCAACAUUUGAAACAAAAACCAUGAUGUGACAUUUUAAAUAAUUUUGCUCUUUUUAGAAAUAAAAAAUAUAAAGUUAAACUAAUGUUCCUUCUAGAGUUAAUCUAGGCAUAAAUACCAGAAAACAUGCACAAUGUUCAAAGCAAUCCAGUCAAACCAUCCUGCAAUAAAAGCUGCUGUCACAGUGCCUCGCUACUCUGAAAGUGUCCCCGUCUGCUCUGGCUUCAAGCAGCCUACAUCAUUAUUUUAAUCGUAAAUAGAGACGCACCGAUUCCAAGGUUUUUCAUAAGGUCUCCUCGAUUUUAUAGAUCACAGACUCCUCUUAGGAAAUAAGCCAGUGUGCUAGUUUUAAGCCUUUUUAGGGCGACCUCAAGGUUUAUAUCUGAGACCCCUGAUUGUUCUCCCCUCCCUAACUCCAAAGUAAAAAACAAAUGUUAACAUCUCGCCGUCUUCCAUUUUCUGAUCUCACUUUUCGCAGGAAUAAACCAUUUUGUGGGUCAGUGCCUUUCCGAAACCUUUAGAGAUGACUGUUACAGGAAAGAUUCAGAGGUCUGUUUAGUAAAUUAUCUUUUCAGGGUUGGGUUAAAAUAUAUCAAAUGAAAACACUUUAAAAACCUGGUUAUUGGUUGGAGCUCAAACAAACAGUGCCGGCCCAGGUCAACGGCACACAGAAUUAUUCCCUCCUGACCUCUAACACCGUGACCUAACCGCACGCCAGCGUUAGAUAUCACAUCGCGUCGCACAUGAUCGAAGAUUGAAGGUGGACAAACGGUUGUGUGGUGACUCAAAUCACAACUCAGAGGCUCGUUAAAAGUGAAAAGCAAGUAACCUUGUAGCGCCUUCUCCUUCCUUCUUCCUCGUCCGUCUACGCGAGUGACCAAGAGGAAAAUAGAAACAGGACGUCAGGGUCAAUACGGCGCAAACAAUAGAAUCGAUCGUAUGCAGGUCACGCUUACACAACAAAAGUUUCAGCCCAAAAAACGUAAACUUUAGUCGCCUUUUGGCUGUUGGUUUUACACGACAACGGCGUGUAGUGGGCCUCGACAUACAGAGUGCAAACUUUUGAAAAACGGCAACUCAACUGAGAAUAAGACUUAAUACACAUGAGCAUUACGGCUUCAGUCAAACGUCUUCAAACGGAUUCUAGAGUCUGGGGCCCUUGGUAAAAAUCUGUGGGGGGGGGCCCUCCAACCAGCAUCCAUCACCAUUACGUCUGCCAUUGUCCCAACGAGAACUCCCUUUUUUUCCUGUUUCUUUUUCCUCUUCUACAGACGAAUAAUUCCUCUUCAUUUUUCUUUUUUUUUUACUUUCACUGACGGACUUUGCUUUUCACAGCAAGUCUAGCAAGAGUGCAGUCAGAUGGGGCCCCCUUCAGGAGGUUUCCUACUUUGCACAUUUUGGGCCACUGCUUUGCUUUAAGUUUGGGAGCGCUCAAAGGGCCCCCUACUGGUCUGUGGCCCCAAGCAGUGACCUGCCAUGCCUGUUGACAAACAGCGCCUCUGUGUGGGUGAGUACAGUAGGUGGACUACAACAAAAAUGGUGGACUCGUGUGUUCAGUUUGUGCUGCUUAGUUGACAUUUGCUAGAAAUGUAUCGGCUUUGUAGUUGAGGGUCACGUGGAGUAGAAACCCAACCUCAUCGUCCGUCCAUUUUCGUUUGUUUUUGUUAGAUCAUACCAGACGAUAACAACACACUACAUGAUAGAACUUACACAAUACUAUCGGUGUGACUGAUUUUAUUACACAAAAAGACGACUGAGCUGCUAAUAAAUACUAUAGUAACAGAUUAAAUGUAGCUGUUGAAGCACAGAGCAGCCAUGUUGGACUGUAACUCAGGCUACUGAAGGUUCGUCGAGUUUCCAAGUCCGAAUUCAGACUUCAGGGGGGCAUUCCUGACUACUUGUCAGACCAUGCAGUCCGACUUUCUGACUUCCGAGAUCAAAUGGAACGAGUCACUACAACCUCAUGGCUCUGUGGAAAAAGAGAAUGUGUGCAUGUUGUUUCAUUACCAAGUUACACUGCCAUCUACUGGUCUGACAUAUGUACUACAGUGUUCUUUCUCAUUUUAUUGGAGCUAUGUGUCAUCAAAAAGUCGCCUGAACAUGUAACUUUUUUGAUAACGAAAAAUGAUUCCGUCCUCAGAGGAUCUUCUCGUGUGAACGUGGCCUUAGACUCGUGGCUAGAAUCAGAAACAAAUACCACAAAUAUCAUCGUAAUUAAAUCCAU